CAAAGUUCCGCAUAUCGCAUUUUUGUUCGAAAGCAGGAAGUGAUGAAUUUGUGCUUCUUUCGAAAAGCGCGUUGCCUAGCAAUCAGCUUCGAUAUUCGGAAAAGUAGCGAGUUGCCUAGCAAUUUACAAAGUAAAUAAACUAACAAACAAAUCAUUUGAAACAAGUUCGUCAUAAAUGUCCUGCACAUUAUGUAACUUGCACGCGUGGGCUGUUGUUAUGUAAUGGAAAUUCAUCUUGAUCUCCUGUGUUAUCAUCUCCAGUCAGGUGUCUGAUUGGCAGUUUUCCAUACAGUUUCACGUCCUAGGAGCAUCAAUCCAGACCUCGUUUGAACCAUGCCCGAGGGACCUGAACUUCACUUGUCCUCACGGUUUGUGAAGAAAGUCGGAGACGCUCGGCAGUUCGCGGGGAAGAUCCUGGAGAGGCUGCCGGCCAACCGUGCUCCGAGGCUGGACGACCUGAACUCCCGGCUGGGCGCCGCCGCCCGGUACACGAUCACCUCCUGGUCGCGAGGGAAGGAGCUGAUGCUGGCCAUCAAGCCGCUGGACCUUCCCGAGACGAGCAAGUACCGGCCCGAGGAGUGGAGCAUCCGCUUCAACUUCGGGAUGACCGGGUGCUUCAAAUUCACUCGGACCGACGAGCUCCCGAAACACGCCAAAGUUUGUUUCACCGCGGUCGGAGAGCCGGCGUGCACUCUCAGUUUCGUGGACAUGCGCGGCUUCGGCCGGUGGACGCCGACCUCGGACUGGUCGGACAACCGCGGCCCGUGCAUCCUCCAGGAGCGUGACCUGUUCCGCGCGCACGUGCUGGCCAGUCUGGAGGCCAGUCCGUUCAGCAAGCCCAUCUGCGAGGUGAUGCUGGACCAGCGCUACUUCAACGGCGUGGGCAACUACCUGCGCGCAGAGGCACUGCACAGGCUGGGUGUGGCGCCGUUCGCUCGCGCCCGCGACCUGCUGGCGUCGCUGCCUGAGCGGCUGGAGCCGGGCCGCAGCGACCUGCUGCACAUGUGCCACCAGCUGGCCGCCGAGGUGGUCGCCCUCGGCGGCGGCAGGCGGUACGACGUGCCGCUGGACGUGCUGCACGAGCUGCUGCCGAGGGACGGCGUCAAGGAGGAGGGGGUGGAGCAGAACGGGCUGAAGAAGGAAGUCAAACGGGAGAGCGCGGUACAGAACGGGUUGAACAAGGAAGUCAAAGAGGAGGGAGAUGAAGGAAAAGAAGAAGUUGAUGCCUUCGAGGAAUGGCUGCAGUGCUACUACCAGCCGGGGAUGAAGAACCUGGUGGACCACCAGGGCAGGACCGUCUGGUUCGCUGGCAGCCCGGGACCAAUGGUCCCUAAAGCGAGAAAACAGCGCCACGAAUCAUCAAAAAAGGCAGAUAAACAAUCCGUGAAAUCGGAGAGCUCCGACGAAGGAAGCUCGCCGCCUGAGAAGCGUGCCAAACGGGCCCCCCGCAGAGGGACCAAGGCUGAACCUGUGGAGGACCAGGCUGUCACAGACCGGCGGGUCAGUUCACGAGGGACGGCUGGGAAGGAGUCCGCCGAGAGAACAGUUAAAGUGAAAAACGAAAUAAGCCGAAAAACUUCCACCGCGUCUAACAAAGCCGCUGGACGGAAAGGUGCGGGUAAGAGUACGAAGUCGCGAUCAGCUGUGGUCGCUGUCCUUCAGAAGACCGAGAGGCCUUCGCCAGGCCAGAGGAGGUCCAAGAGGAUAUCGGCAGCUGCCAGGCAGACGUAGUCUGUCUUCCGUCGACAAAUCGUUCCGAAUUCCCGAGGCAGAGAAAGUGUCAGUGAUUGCUCCUUAUUGUGGUACGUUUACCGCACAUGUAAUUGUGUUUUGAAACGCUUGCUCAUUGCGUCAUCUAUGUGUUUUUAACGUGAACAGGUACAAAAGACGUUUCAUAGGCAUCCUGUAACACCUGUGCUCAGGUGGAACACAAUAUAGUGAAGUGUUUCCCAGCAUUAUCAUCCCAUAGGCCUUCAUUUUCUGGAUACCGUUGGUCAAUAAUGGUUAUAAUUAUUCGUGCGUAUAAUCCGUCGCUGCAAAAGCGCCAAUGAUGCAAAAAAGAUAUAUUUGAUUAUUUUGUUCCGGGUUAGUUCUCUCAAUCCAUUUUCCCUAAAAAAAACAUGUACGGUGUGAAUGAACCUGAAUGAGCGGUUUCGAUUGCUGAGGUUGAGUGCUCAUGUAAAAUGUGUCGAUGCCUACGGAAUCAUUCUGCUCAAUAGCCAUAAAUUUCAUACGAUUUGGUGUCAUCAGCCUUCAGAACUUUUACGGCGCCGCUCGCUGCUCAGUGUAAUACUUUGUUUUU